UAGACUUGGAACCUUUGUAACGUGAAAGCGACCAGCAGCUAUGCCGUCAAUUGACGCAUUUAUUUUUGCAGUCGUUUGUAGGGGAUAAGUAGUGAAAUUAAUAGAGCAUUCCGUAUGAAAAAGUGGAUUCGAUUGAGAGGGUGGGUCACAGGAUUUGCAUUUCUUGCUUUCAAGUGCUGAAUACCCAUUUAAGAUUCUCGUCGCCCUUUUUAACUCUGUUCAUGUCCGUCAAAACAACCAGCAAAUUGUUUGCAGUGGAAAAAUGGCAAGAAAACGAGGUGCUUGGAGUUUUGGAACAGAGAAAUCCAGUAAUGACAAAGCAAAGACCGUGUUACGGCUCCUGCAAAAAGAUGGAGCUUUGUCGCCGAAGCAGAAAAGUUACUGUGACGAAACUUGCGUAGAAAGAUUUCUGAAAGCCCGUGGGAACAAUGCAAAGAAAGCAGCAAAGCAGCUGAGGGCGUGCCUCACAUGGCGGGACAGUAUUCCUGUUGAGCAUUUGAUAGCAGAUGAGUUCUCUGCAGAACUUGCACAAGGAGUAGCCUUUGUCGCCGGUCGAGAUGACGAGUCUCGGCCAGUUAUUAUUGUGAGAAUGAAGCAGGACCAGCAAAAACCUCAGUUCCAAAAACUGUAUACUCGUUUGCUGGUUUUUACACUGGAGGUUGCUAUUGCAUCCAUGUUACCUGGAACUGAGCAAUGCGUACUUGUAUUUGAUGCAGGUUAUUUCAGAUCAGGCUCUACAUGUCUGAGUUUAAUCAUGGCAACAUUAAAGAUAUUAGCAGACUACUACCCAGGAAGGCUAGCUAAGGCCUUUGUUGUUGAUCCUCCUUCAAUGUUCAACUACCUUUGGAAGGGUGUCCGGCCUUUUGUGGACUUUGCAAUCAAUUUACAUCUAGUCUCUUCUCGAGACUAUGAUUCUCCUUUCAUAAUGACUGGAUUCGCAAGAGCCUCAUCCUUACGCCAUGAUUAUGCCUCAAAUUUGGGAAGCUCUUUCCGCUUCUCAUGUAAAGUGGCCUCUGAAAAUGUCAAGCACCCGUCUCUCCACGGCUUGGAAGGAGAUCGAUACCUAGCAUACUCAUUAGGGCCAGCAUUGAUUUCUCCCUUGAAUGCGCGGUCAUUUUCCUUUGCAUCACCAGCCACUAGCAGAUAUAAUCCCAAUGGUAAAAGAUUUGGGGAAUUUCAAAGCUUUAGAUUUGAAGGUACCAAAAACAUAAACUUAACACCCACCCAAAAUAUUACCACUCCAAGCAGAUAUGACCUUCCAACUAAACCAUCAAUAUUUUCUCCAAGGGAAGGCAUCGCCUCUUUUUUCAGUGGAUUCAAGAGAGACAAUCAACGAAGUGAAACUGACAGAAAGGAUAAAAACCUAGAGCACUUUCAACCAUACUUGAAAUACUACAGAUUGCGUUACAAUGAAAUUGCAUACAGAUCAAUGAUGAAACCUCCACUUGGUGGGCUUGCAUCCAUUGUUUCUCCUGAACUAAAGAGAGGACCUAGUUUCGACCUCAGGCGAGGUUAUUAGACAAUUGAAUUGCUUGGGAUUUUGGACAUCAUCUGCAAACCAGUUGCAGCAGCUCAUCAUGCUAGAAAAUCUCAAGAUUUUAGUUCUCCCUAACAAAUAUUUGCUGAUCUCUUAACAUGUAUUCUUCUUUAUUUCCACGUUUGUAACCACACAAAUAAAAUAUUGUUGAUUAUUGCUUGGGUUUGUAGAUUUAAAAUCAAUAACAAAAAACCUUACAUUGUUUGUCUUC